AUCAACAGUCUGGGCUCUCUUAACGUUCCUCUGAAGGUGUCACCAGAAAUGGGCAUUGGGCGAGAGCCGACCUCCAAGCCUGGACAACAACUGCGGCAUCCCACCGGCUUCUUGAACGCCUUCCAGCAGGUGCCCUCUGGCAUUCUCAGUUGGCCUGGACUCCUGGGCUCCGGUCGCAAAGCGACUUGUCGCCAGGCGUCUCGCCUUUGCCCAACGGCUGUAGCAUCAAAUGCCACCUCGGCCAUCAGGACGGCAGACGCCAGUCUUGCUGGCUGGCCCCAGGAGGCUACAACAGCAGCCCUCCGAGUAAACCGAUUGGGCCAGACGCCUGUCUCCAUGGCGAAUAUGGCAGAUGGCAACCAGGAAGAUGGGAUGGGCGGAUGGGCUGGACAAGCGUCUGUUGAAUAUCUGACCGGAGUUGGCAGACAUGCUCGACAUGUGUAUCCCAUUCUUCAGAAGGAUCUAACUGAAGCAGAGGUGUUCUUGAUUAUCAAUGUAGUCCUCCUAGGUCCGAUGGUGCGAUUUGAGGACGUGCAUCGGAAUUUCCCGAAAAUACUAUCAGUUGGCCUCAAUAUACAGUUUAGUCUCAUCUAA